UCUGUCGCCAUCUCCAUAAUAACUCCAUCAUCACCACCACCACGACCAUCUUCACCACUGCACCGCUGCAUUAUUAUUAAUUACCACACCGUAUUAAUUCACCUGCAAUACCAAACCCCACGUGCAUAAAUCCACGCAAACAGCACAAACAAUAAUCAAGUUUUUUUUUUUCAAUAAAACAUACACUCCUAGCGGACCCGCCGUCCUCGACUAGUUACUCUGCCGGCGAAGCGCUCUCAAACCGGGCAAAGCCAAGUAGGCCGCACGCGCCCUCUCGACCACGCCGAGAUUUAUCAUUAUAAAAACCGAAAGAAGUCAAGGUUUGACAAAGCCCUGAGCAAGACGUCAUGUCCAGUGUGUGUGGCUGCUGUGGUGCUCUGCGACCUCGUUACAAGCAGCUAGUAGACAAUAUAUUCCCAGAGGAUCCUGCUGAGGGGUUAAUGAAGGCCAACAUGGAGAAGCUGACGUUCUACGCACUCUCCGCACCGGAAAAGCUUGACCGGAUCGGGGCAUACUUAGCGGAGCGGCUCAGCCGAGAUGUGGCACGGCACUACCGCCAUGGCUACGUGUUUAUUGCCAUGGAGGCGCUGGACCAACUUCUCAUGGCGUGCCACUCGCAGAGCAUCAACCUCUUUGUGGAGAGCUUCCUGCGCAUGGUGGCCAAGCUCCUGGAGUGCAGCGAGCCCGAGAUGCAGGUUCUGGGCACCAACUCGUUUGUGAAGUUUGCCAACAUUGAGGAGGACACCCCCUCGUACCACCGCCGCUACGACUUCUUCGUGUCAAAGUUCAGCGCCAUGUGCCACCAGAGCCACGAUGAUCCGGACGCCACCAACAAGGUGCGCAUGGCUGGCAUCAGGGGCCUGCAGGGCGUCGUGCGUAAGACCGUGAAGGAUGAGCUUCAGGCCGACAUUUGGGAGCCGCAGCACAUGGACAAGAUCGUACCCUCCCUGCUCUACAACAUGCAGCACGCGGACCCAGCUGACAGCCGGUCCCCGUCCCCGCUGCAGGUGACGGAGAGGGAGCGAGACAGCCCCGCGUGUCUCGGGGAGAGCUGCCUGCGCGACCUGCUCGGCCGUGCCGCCUAUGGCAACAUCAAGAACGUCAUCCGGCCCGUCCUUGUACACCUGGACAACCAUCAGCUCUGGGACCCCAACGCUUUUGCUGUACGAUGCUUCAAAAUCGUCAUGUACUCCAUACAGGCACAGCACUCGCACCUGGUUCUGCAGCAGCUGCUCGGGCACCUGGACACUCACAGCAAGGACAGCGCCCGCGUGCGUGCAGGGCUGGUGCAGGUGCUUGCCGAGACCGUGGCCAUAGCCGCCGGCGGAUCCGUGGGCCCCACGGUGCUAGAAGUGUGCAACACGCUCCUCCGCCAUGUGCGGCUCAGUGUCGACUUCCAGCUGACGGGCCGCGGAGGCUCCCACGAGGACGAGGACACGGAGUACGAGGAGGAGAAGAUGUUCCAGGAGUCGCUCAUCAAGACCAUCGGUUCAUUUGCCACCACACUGCCCAACUACCAGCGCUCGGAGAUCAUGUUCUUCAUUAUGGGCAAGAUGCCUCUUCCAGGGUGCCAGCCCAGCCUCUGUGCUGGCCACGGCGGGCCAGACUCUGCGGUUCCUUUCAGGGAAACUCUUUUCCCUCCCUCGCCUCCCUGGGGCCCGUCCCUGUGCUUGGAGAGUGAGGAGGCCAUGUAUCUGAUCCAGACGAUGCUGCUGCGCUCUGUGCUGCAGGUGACGUGCGGUUACCACGUGUCCAACAUGACGAGCGGGCUGCCAUCUUCCUUCCUCGAGCCGCUGCUCUCCCUCUCUCUGCUGGAGCACCCCGACCUGAGGGUCAUCGUCAUGGAGAUCCUGCAGAGCCUGGUUGAUCGUCAUGGCAACCGACAAAAGUUUGCGAGCGUCAGUAUCUGGCCCGACAUCGCGGUGCUGAAUCUCAAGAUGGAGAAGUGUUCCCGCCAGGACGUGCUCUUCAUGAAGAAGCACAGCCAGCAGCUGUACCGGUACCUUUACCUGGCGAGCCAGCGGGAGGACAACUCGGAGAGGAACUUCCGUGCGCUCUUCGGGACGCUGGCCGUGCUGAGCGUGGAGCUGGCCGGCGAGGAGGUGGUGGUCGACCUCGUCCGCUUGGCCCUCGCCAUGCAGGAGGCAGCUCUGCAGGGCGAGGACGGAGCGCCCGUAGCCACGCGCUGCUCCGUGCUGGCGCUCGUAGUCGCCUACUGCAGCCUCCUGAGCCAGCUCACUGCCGUGCCUGCCUUCUGCCAGCACGUUACGCAGGUGGUUGACAGUCGGAGCAAGAAGGCCCCGUACCUGCUUCCUGCGCACGUGUUCACUGAGAAUCCCAACUUGCCACGGACGUUGGACCGGUUGGAUCCUGAGCUGUUGCUGCUAUCGGCGAAGAUCGGAGAGGCUCUGGGCGGGAGCGGCUACAGCGUGGAGCGACUGACGGUGCCUUACGUGCCACAGCUGACCGAUGAGGACCGCUUGUCAAAGCGUAAAAGCACAGUGGACACCAUCUCCAUCCAGGUGGAGGAGGAGGCAAAGGGGAGCCCCAACCACGGGCAGGUAAAGCUACCCGGAGGAGAUCGACAAACUAGAUGGACAUGGACAGAUAAUGCGGCUGAUAGGUCGAUGGACAGAUGGACCAACAGAAAAAUCGACGGAAAGACAGAUGCACAGAAAACCCCGGCGGAGGAGAUCACCUUCGAGAGCCUCAAGAAGGCGAUCGUGGACAGCGCAAGCCGUGACGAGCUGGAGAGGGAGCGGCGGCGCCAGGUCAUGGAGCGCUUCCAGAAGGCGCCGUUUGAGGAGAUCGCUGCGCAGUGCGAGGCCAGGGCCAAUCUCCUCCAAAACAAACUGAACCAGAUCUUCGAAAUGACCAUACGGCCUCCCCCCAGCCCCUCCGGCUCGGUUGGCGUGGGUGCCCACGGCCCCGCGUCCCGCCGCUCCGUGCCCGUCUAUGAGAUGUCGCUGCCUGACCUCUGCGUCUACUGAAGCCGGGUGUUUUCAUCACCCUUGAUGCCCGCGGUCCACCUUGGUACAGUGUUGUUUAUGUGAAGUCGUCAACGCUGAAACGUCUCGGCGGUGACAUCAGUUGAGCCGUCAUUCCAUCUCGCGGUCGCGAUUCAAUCCCGUUUAGGGAUUGAGCGGGACCAUCCUCAUGAUCCUCAUUAUUGUCAUCAUCAUCAUUAUACCUUCAUGGUCGUUAACACGAGUAGUACCAUUUCGUAAGAAGUCAACAGUUGUCAUCCUAUGUUUAUACCGGUCCCUGCCAUAGGUAGGCGGAAUUUCCAUUGAUGGCUCGGGACCACCAGUGGAUAUGAGCAUCACCCAACUUUUGCUUGAGCAGCGAGACGCUGACGUAACCGAGAGCGAAUAGUGCUUCCGAUGCCUCUGUGCUCAGGUGGCCUCCCACAGCUGCUGUUGUUACCGAAUCUGCUACUGAAGCUUCAACUGUUGACUUCCUGGAUUUGUCGAUUUUCGUGGCCGUUCGGGCUUAUUCUUAUAUUCGUCGGUAGUUGCUGCUCUUCGCAAUGGGUUCAAACGAAAUGCUUUAUUUACAUUUAAUUUUAUUAGACUUGCGUGUGUGUCCUUUACUUUGCAGUAUUGGUACGUAAACUACUCUCGUUUUAAAUAUCCACGUUCUCUUAGUGAAUAUAUUUUUUUAACUCUUUCUUUGUCGCCUCAUGGCCACAACAUUUUGAAGUCGGCCGCACCCUCAGCAUCUUAGCCUGCGGUGGCUGUGACGAGGCUACUGCCCGUUCUUCCUGCGUCGCUCGUUGGCAGCACCUCCGUCCUUCUUCACGGCGGCAUUUUUAUUAUUUGCCCCCAACGCACCUGGCCUUGCCGAGUGCAGAGGCAAAAGUCUUUCUUUGCAGGCACAUGGAGUGGGAUCUCUGGGCAAGCUGUGGCCCGCAGUGUAGAGAGAAGAACCCCACCAUACUGUGCGCUCUGAAUAUUCGUCAUCUUCGCGGAGUGUGUUGUCCGAUAUAUUAUUACACAUAUCACUCCUAAUGCAUCAUCGCCAUCAUCAACGUCCUGAUCAUCGGUGGCAGGUGGACUGAGGAUGUUUUCUCCCCAGAGGUUGUGCACAACUUUUUACCGACGUAUUUGUGAGACGUUUGGUGAGAUUCUUGAACUGACAAAAAAACAUCCACGAAAGUAGUAUUUAUUUUUACCAUGUGCAAACUUCAAUGUAGUUUAUAUUUUAAAAAGUGUAUACAUUUUUAUGAAAUUGGUCAUACUGAAGAACCACUUUUGCUCCACAUGGGCCUAUCUUUCCAUGUUUACCAUUAUUCUCUGCAUCACACAACUAGUGCACUCAUAAAGACCUCAGAAGAUGAGGAAGCAUACAUAUUCAUAUCAAGCACAAUUUUAGAUAAUGUACUAAAUGUAACAUGCGCCUUCAAGGUGGAUUCUGGGUAAUAGAUUAAUGAAACAGGCCGUAUCGCCAAGCACAACUUAAAAACGAUAUUUAGGUCCCAUCACCCAAAUGCCCUUCUUGACCGAUGUUCCUGAUGUGGGACGGCAGGAGUCACCACAAGCACAGUUAAGCCUGGCGGUGGUGGCCAUCACGUGGCUGCCUGUAACCCAGCACUGUGGAGGCAGCGGGGGUUGGUGGAUUACACACAGAUGUUGUGAAACUCCCCGUUGGCAUCGAGGAGGUGCCGUACCCUGGCUCGCCAGGAGAAUGCGGUCCGGCAAAUAUGUGGACUCAACCUGUUCCGUCUGUGUGGGAUAGAGUGUUGCUCCCUCGCACGCCUGGGUUUUUUCCGGGUGUUCUGGUUUCCACAUCUAAGCACUUGUUAAUUGGCUAAUAACACCUUAAUAUAUAGAGGACCGUAGAGCUUGUGGUGAGGGGGUGGGGAAUUUGGCUUCAGCUUAUCGUGUUGCUACCUUUCCUUCUUGUCUGUGUCUCCUCCUCGCGACUCCGAGUUGUUCUCUCUCUUCGGGAGUCAGCGGAUACUGUGCGGCAUGUUACAAAUUGUCGUAAUUAUUGUUGUUAUAAAGCGGCUUAUAGCUGGAGCUGGGAAAAUUUACUCUGGGUGAUUAAUAGAAUAAAGAAUGUAAUCAACUACUUUUUUGUGGCCGAUUACUCUGGGAACCUCGAAAGAAACGUGGCUGCCCCCCCCCCACAUCCUGUUCCCAAAAUUCGGAAACUCCCCCUACAAUCCGCACCUGGCAUGAUACGGCUGAUGACUCUGAUGACGUCGCUAAGCCACGCCCAUCACCUCCCGUCCAGUGACACACGUUGGAACAGAGGUGAGACUUUUUCACCCAAAAUAUUUUCCUGUUCGAUUAGUUGAGUAAUUAAUCCAAUUGUCGUGAAAUGAAUUACUUAAAUACCAGAUAGCCCAGCUCUAGUCAUAUUAUCAGGCAACCCAGCAGCAUUUGUUUCUCUGGCCACCCUCUGCCGAUGAGACUCAUCGCAAGUGACAAACGGUUCAGAGUUUAUAUUCUUGGUUCUUACGGUAAAGUCAUGUAGAAGGGAAAUAAUAAAAUGAAAAUACAACUAUAAAAUUCUCACGACAUUUCGAUUGCAACACAAGCAAUCAUCAUCAGGUGUGGAAACCACAGCAAGAAAAUUUGAAAAAAGUGGCGGCUUUUUCUUAACGUCAGCGCCACGGACAGCAACUGGCGGUUGUUCAGACGGACGACUCCAUCUAUGCUCGGAGCGGAGGAGGGGGGAGAGAAAGAGAAUGGAAUGAAAGUCACCGUAAGCGUGAACACAAUUAAGACCCGAAAUGGUUAAUCAAAUCUCUCCAAUGAUUGCUUUAACAAGUGCUCGUGGAAACCAUUGGUGCAGAAGGGUGAUUGAUCAACUUAUUUUAUUUCUGCAUGGUGAUAGACUCUGGUACGUUCAUGUUAUUUUAUUACUUUCUAUUUUGACAUGUUGUGUAAUCGUUAGCAUCUAGGCUGACAACGUCUGUUCACUUCCGUGCGAGUAACCGCGCUGCCUUGGUACUCGAACCCAGGACCUCGGACGGUCUGGUGCAGUGCUCCAAAGCAGGCGUCCUCCAUCAUUUGACCGAUUGGUAAAUGUGGAAAGACGGCUUGUAGGGGUCCCCAUAAUCCCAUGGCUGGAUCCCCCCUCCUUCCCUGUCAUAUCUGUCCACGUCAUGUAGGUACAUACAUUUGCAUACCAGCAUAUUGUCAAAAUCUAGAGUCGUUAUUAACGAUGAUUAAUCGUUUGUCAUCCGUGUUUGAAAAGACAUUCGCUCCAGUGUUUAUGGCUGAAGAUGUAUUUUGUGAAGUGAAUGCCCCGUGUUGCCGUUUAACCUGCUUGUGUGUGCGUGUGUGAAGGUUUAAACUCGGUUCGUGGACGCGUAGGCUUGGGCACGUCUGUUGUUGAUGCCCGUGUUUAUGUGGUACGUGCGCGCGCGCGAGUUUUUCUUGUGCAAUAAACCGAGACGGAACUAAU